AAAUUAGAAGCUCCAAUUACAAGUUUGCGGACAUCGAUUCUAAAUAAAUUAGAAGCUCUAAUUAUAAGUCUAUAUGUAUUAAUUUUACAAGCGUUGGAAGCUCUAAGUUUACGGGCAUUAAUUCUACAAGGGUUGGAAGCUCUAAUCACAAGUUUACCAUUAUUGAUUCUACAUGGAUUGGAAGCUCCAAUCACGG